CAUCGCCCAAUACAUUGUACGAUGUAUCGGCAGCUUUAUCGGGCGAUUUCACGCGUGUCUCAUCUGCAGCCGAUAUACAACUAGAUUCAUCUUCCGAUAUAUUGCCCGAUGAAUCGGGUUAA